AUGGCGACUGUCUUUACUUAGGGGAAUACUUAUUCCCGCCCAGAAAUUGUGUAAUUAACGUGUGUUUUUGAAAAGUUCCAUGUGUUUUCAUCGCAUAUUCACUAAAAAUGAUAAUAGAGAAUCCAGAUCAAUUCAAGGCGUGGCUCACCGCCGUCUUGGAGCCGCUUUGUGAUGCUGAUCCUGCUGCAUUAGCAAAAUAUGUAUAUGCCCUCGUUAAGAAGGACAAAACAUUGGAAGAAUUGAGAGGUGGAAUGGUCGAACAACUUGAUGUAUUUCUGCAACAUGAAACCAAGAACUUUGUGGAAUUGUUAUUUAAAACAUUGGAGACUCAAGAAUACAUACUUCCACCUGCAAAGAAUGAUCCAGAUAGCGGUGGGACACCACCAGGUGUAAAUCCACCAGCGCCUGCAUUAGUAACAGAAAAGAUAGCUGAAAGUACAAUUCCAGUUACUACUGUGAAUACAAAUAUACCUGUGCCCCUCCAAAUAAACGGAUCAGCUCCUAUGGCAAUAGGUAAACGUGAAACUAGAAAAUCAGACUCUGACAAAAUUGACAAAGAAAAGGAGAAACGUUCACGAAGUCGAAGCGGCCGAAUGAGAUCUAGAACAAGAUCACGUUCACGUUCGUGGGAAAGAGAUAGACGUAGAUCUAGAAGCAGGGAACAUAUUCGCCGUGAUCGAGAACGCGACAGAAGUCGACCCUGGAGAAACGAGUCACCACCAAAUACAAGACGACACGACAGAAGACGAAGUAGGAGUCGUAGUACAUCGCCAAUACGGCCCAGAAUACGAGACGGCCCUGACAAUCGUGACCACAGAGCACGAUUUAGGAACAGGUCUCCAACACCUCUUCGGUCAAGAUCUCGAUCAAGAUCGCUAGAUCGUAAGAAAGUAGAUCGGUCGGAAAGAAUGGAUGUAGACAGAACGGAAAGAAUUGAAGGAAGUCCUGGUGGUGGUACUCCAACACAGGACAGUAAUCACGGGGAUGUAGACAUGAGGUUGUCUACUACUAGUCAAUCAAUUCAAAGCGUUGUUGCUGUUGCUUCUAGUGUACCAAAUAACCAACCAGGAUUCCAAACAAAGAGGAGGUGCAGAGACUUUGACGAAAAAGGAUAUUGCAUGCGAGGUGAUUUGUGCCCUUAUGAUCAUGGAACAGAUCCAGUUGUAUUAGAAGAUGUAGCUUUAAGUCGCGUUCUGACCUUCGGACCGCAUAGUGCACAAGCACCGGGAACUGUACCUGUAACAGCAGUACCAGAACCACCUCAAGGACCUACAGGAAAUGCACCACCUCAACACCUUCCUCUUGCGAGUUUACCUCCGCCUCAUUUAAGAAAUCAACAUCAUUCUAAUAUGGACGCAUUCGCAGAGUACAACCCAGACGCGCCAAGCAUGGAGCCACGAAUGCCAUGGGGAAGGCAUCCCCUACCAGGACCUGGAAUUUAUGGACGAGGUCAAAGAGAAUUAAUUAGCGUGCCAGUUAUUCCACAUACGAACUCGUCUGAGAUAACGCAUACUCAGACGAAUCCGUUAAAGCGUAAACAAGCAUUCGAUUUCAAUCGUCUUGGACCAAAACAACGAGUGGUGCACAAUUCGGCCAACUGUUCUUUGGAACUGAAAAAGGUUCCUCGCAGCCUGAACAACAUAACCCAAUUGAAUAAUCACUUCUCAAAAUUCGGUAAAAUUGUAAAUAUCCAAGUUAAUUUUGGUGGGGAUCCUGAGGGAGCGUUAGUUACCUUUCAACUACCGACCGAAGCAAAGGCUGCGUACAGAAGUACAGAGGCUGUGUUGAAUAAUAGAUUUAUCAAAGUGUUUUGGCACAACAAUGUUAACAAUAAUGCAGCUGGCGAUGCUAUUGAAAACGUACCGCCAGGAUGUCGACCCUCUGUCAAAGAACGAUUGGGUGCUGCUAUACCCGCGCCAGCGAAAACCGAAGAAAAUGAAUAUAUUCCCACUCGUCGUUCGACCGAAGAACAAGUCACGCAAAGCUUGGUCCCGACAUCGCCAAAAACCACCGCCACUGUUCCUACGCGGGAAGACAAAGUACUUGCAAUAAAAAAAACACAAGAAAUACUAGCUGCUAAGGAAACCUUAAAAAAGAAACAGGAAGAGAAACGUAAAGAGGCGUUAAAGUUAACCGCCGACCUGCGAAAAAGAAAACAGGAAUUAUUAGAUAAGCAUUUGAUAGAAAUUCGAGCAUUGAUCGACAAAGCCGAAAAGAAUCCAGAACAAAAAGAUGCACUUAUGACAACGAUAAAGACCAUGCAACAAACUAUCGACAAUUUACGAAAGGAUCUAGCUGCAAACGGUCAAAUUGGUGGAAAUAAGACACAAGCGAAAUCCAGAGAACAAACCCAAAAAGAGAUAUUAGACGCUGAGUUAGAUUUAAUGACUGCUCAACAAGAGGGACAAGACGCCGGAGAGUUGCAAAAGAGAUUAAACGAGCUACGAGCUCAAGCUGCUGCGUUAGGUUUAAAUGCAGGUCCAACUGUUGGUAGAGGUACAAGAUCCAGUAGAGUUAUACGAGGUACCCAUGCAUUAUCAUAUAGAGGUCGUGGUAGAGGAAGUUUUACUCACGUUUCGGUAGAUCACAGACCGACGAGUCUUCUAGUCUCUGGUUACGAAACCGAAGAAAAGGCUGAAGUUUUAGCGCAUUUUCAACAAUUUGGAGAAAUAGUGAAUCAAAUAGUGGAUGAUGCAACACCUUCAAUUGUAAUCAAUUUCAAAUCAAGAAAAGAAGCCGAGGUGGCUUUAGUAAAGGGACGCACAUUUCAGGAUAGAUUAUUAUCUAUAACAUGGGUUUCCGGGCAUCACUUACACCGUGGUGGAGGUGGUAGCAAUACAAACGCAUCAGUACAACUUUCUUCACGUUCCGAACAAGCACCACCUACAACAGAUGAAGAAAUUGAUUUAGAAGGUAACGUAGAAGCAUUACUUCUCGAAGAGAACGAAGAAGAGGAGGAUGAAGAUGGUGAAUCGCGUAGCUGGCGGCGAUAGCAGCGUCAGCGUUAUUCGUGACAAAAACUUGAUACCAGCUACAAUGACUGUGUGAUGAUCUGGGCAAAUCAAUACAUGCUCAGCACCUGCGCCACUGCUGCACCGUCGUUUGAUGCAUCAAAUGCCAUGAUUUUCACGAAAGAGUCAGGUUACGAGCUCAUACACGUUAUCAUGAGUGUUACACUAUUUGUUAAUAUUAUUAAAUAUAUGCGUGUGCGCGUUAUAACGAUAUGAAAAAUAUAUACCGUGCCGAGUUGCGCGUCGCAAAAUAGAAAACUGAUAUGCAAGUUUCCAACAAGAAAAAAAUCUAACCAAAGGGUGUAACCGGAUAAGAUGAUAAAAAAUGACUCUAAAUCAAAUUGAACUUGUCAUGCAUCAAUCGAUGGAGGGCACAGAGAAAAAAACCUUUGCAAUUUUGGCUCUAGUUAUAGGGUGAAACACAGUUUUUGCUUGAUUUGUCUUAUUUACAUCAAUCGAAAAUUCUGAAAAAAAAAUUAGGUAUAUUUUAGCCAUUGGAAUACACACCUGUGAAUCUUUUCAGAAUUUUUAGCUUCAAAACCGAUUUUAAAAAAUAAAAAAAAUUUUUGAAAUGCCGAUUUCUUAUAGAAAUUACGAAAUGUCUACAUAUUUUUAUAGUUUUAGCACCUGGUUAGGAUUAUUAACAUAUCAUUUUUUCAGAUUUUUCAAGAUGGGGGCACAUAUUUUAAAAAAUCAAAAAGCCGGUCAUUUGUUACAUUACCGACGAUGCCAAUCGUUUGACUAUGUCGAUAUUAUUAUAGUUUUAUUAGCUCAUUAUAAUCGUUAACUUGCAUUUUUUUUUUUUCAGAUUUUUUAGAAAGGUGCGUCAUAUUGAAAAAAUUAGAAAACCAUUAUUCUUUACCUUUUCCAUAUCCAUACAAGUAUCACAAUCAUACGGCUCGUAUAAUUAAUUUUUUUAAAUGGAUAUUAUAUCGAAUUUUAAAUAACGUGCAUUUAGAUUAUUUUCUACAAAAAAAAGUUAUCCUACUGCUUUAGUCUUCGUCGCUAUCAUCGUUGAUUACAAGAUGUGUUUCUUCAAUAGCAAAAAUUUUGGGGAGGAUUUCUACCAGCGAAGUUUCUUUACCAGUUUCAUUACCAAACGAGAAUCAUUAGUUUCCAAUGUGGUUCGUUGAUUCCGUUUGCCUUAAACAAAAGGCAUAAAUAUUUUUAAUCUAUCGUCUUCCAAAUAGUUUUUCGCGUCUCGAUUAUCAUCAAUUACGAUACCAUACAGUCUUCUCAAAAUAAAUAUUUGUUUCUUUGUUUCAUGUGGUGCAUUAAUAAUAUUACUUAUAGAGCUGCAGAGACUAAGCAAACAUCUGUGACUUAAGACAAAUCUGAAAAGUGGCAUUUUAAUAUAUUCAUACUCGCUUGCCUGACGAGAAUCAUUUCUGUUAAAAAUGCAGGAUGGAUCUUCUUUCGAUGGUACAGAAUUAGAUGAUGAUUUUCUUCGUGAAGAACAUGCAACACAAUCAAAUAAAGCUUUUUUUAAUACAUCAUGCGAAGUACUGGACAGUGGUACUUCAUAUUCUUCUGUGUAGAUAUUUCUUCUGUUUCUAUAACACUGUCCAAUAAAUUAAAAUCUUUUUCUGUUGUGCUAUAUCCGCUAGGUAUUCCUAGUGAAGUUUCAAACAGGAAUGCAGAAGCAGAAUUGUUCCAUCGUUCUUAGUCUUUGAGGAGUACGAAUUUUUGUGAAAAAGUACGAUUUUGAGCAAAAAUUAGAUGUCGCAUGAAAACUUAAAAACGUUUUAACCGUUUCAGUGGCAGGGGUAAUUUUGAAAUGCGUGUCGAAUACUGCCACGCGAAGCGAUAACGCUUCAUCUGUUUCAUGUCGAGAAAAAAAAACCAAUCAGUAACAUUAAACCCUUAACGCUCAUAUAUUUUAUAGAUUUACAGUAAAAAUUGCCCAAAUUUUUGUUUUGCCUAAAUUCACGUCCUGUGAGCAUUGUAAUUUUGUUUCGCAAUACUUUUGCUAAAAUACACGAAUGUUAAAUGACUGACACCGUCAGUAAUACGAACAAUUACCGGUUUUUGUGAUUUUGUUGUGCCCCAUUUUGAAAAAUUUGACAAAACUAUAUGUUAACGACCAGAACGAGGUGCUUGAACUGUUAAAAUGUAAACUUGGUCGUUUUAUAACUUCUAUAACAAAUCGGCAUUUCAAAAUUUUUUUUAUUUUUUAUUUUAAGUUUAGUUUUGAAGCUAAAAAUUUUGGUAAUAUUCGUAGAUGUAUAUUCCAAUGGCUAAAAUGUUCGUAAUUUUUCAAAAUUUCGAUCGAAGAAAAUAAGAGUUGUCAAGAAAAAAUUGUUAAUUGCGAUACAUCCUAGAACUACCUCAAUCAUGCGGAUAGAAAACUGAAACUUUGCAGAGUGGGUUUGUUCUCUGUAUCCUCCAUCGACUGAUGCAUGACAAAUUUAUCUGGUUACGCCCUUUAUCCCAUUAUUUGUAGAAUAAAAUCGCUAUGUUUUGUA